AUGGCGUCGCCUGCUCAAUCAUCGCACGAGCCAGAGGACCUCGAAGCGGCCGUUCCGAGCCCAGAGGACAAUGAGCAAACCCAGCCAGGAGGCGACGCGACCACAAUGAGUCGCGACGAUCCAGCGUACGAUUUCGAGGUCAAAGAACAGGACCGAUGGUUACCCAUUGCCAAUGUCGCCCGCAUCAUGAAGAUGGCUCUCCCCGACAACGCGAAGAUUGCCAAGGAGGCAAAGGAGUGCAUGCAGGAGUGCGUCAGCGAGUUCAUCUCCUUCAUCACGAGUGAGGCCUCAGAGAAGUGCCAGCAGGAGAAGCGUAAAACGGUCAACGGCGAGGAUAUCCUGUUCGCCAUGACUUCGCUUGGGUUUGAGAACUAUGGAGAGGCGCUGAAGAUCUACCUCGCUAGGUACAGAGAGAAUCUCGUCGCCAGGGGCGAGCAACGGCCAGGCGGCGCAAGCACCGGCGGAAACGCAGCCAACCCUUCCGGGUACGACAGCGGGAUUAACAAUCCGCUUGCUCACGCCAUGGAUCCCUCUGUUGGAGGCACUGCCGACUUCGCCUACACCUACGAACCGCCGGGAGAUCACUAA